UAAAGCAUUGCCCUGCUGCCCUCAGCACAUGUUGAGAAGAGAGGGACUACUCUGACAACAGGUCAUCUCAUUCUUCUACUCUCAUAAUAGCGAGGUGUCUGUGGAUAAGUAGGCAUGGAUAACUAAAGAUGAUUAAACGACCUUCUGUCAGUGGCCGCCUGCAUCGCUCAUAUUGCAAAAAGGCCAGUUGUUACCAGGGAAACCCUGGUUUGCGAGCGGCAGGUGAUAAAUUGUGGCAGUAUCUGCGGAUAGUAAUUUCCAUUAUCUGCGCUUGGUGUUUAGAUUAUCAUGUAAAUAGAAGAGACGUGGCAGAAGCUGAGGGCUGCAGAGCAGAGGACAUCAAAUAAAACAGUUGAGCAGUCACCACAUUCAGGUGUGCCAAGACGCACGUGGUGGAAAAGACUUAGCCACAAUUACUUCUGCUUUUUUUUCCGUUGUCAAUGGGGGUCCUUUUAGGAUAUAAUAAAAUAUGAAAAUUGUGAAGCUACGAACCAACUCUGCAGGCAACGAGGAAGUCUUCAAGUUCCUUAAAUCGGAGAAACUUCUUUUGUUUCGUCACAUUCCUCUGGCGGGCAGAAAGAAAACUUCCUCCUACUUUCUCUAUAAGAGACGAGCUUCUGUCACACACCUCCACUAUUCAGUGAUGCAGAUCGUGACAUAAAAGCAGAGCUCAAAACCCUCGAGGAAGCGAUGAGCAUUGGUUUAUCGCGGGGACAGGAAAACCACGUUGUCUCACCGGGUUUGUUCCAGACCGCUGACCCAGCAAGACGCCACCGUCUCCUGCGGCUCUGACUGCCUGACAGAUCAAACAUCCCCGUGCUUCCCUCCACCAGAGAAGAGGACAUAAUUUGACACAUCUCCGUCUCCCACUAAGACUGUUAACUGAGGGCCACCAUGCAGCAGUGCCACACUGGCCUGUGUCUGUCCGUCUACGUCAUCACCUUCGUGCUGGGCUUCCCCGCAAACGUCCUCGCCUUCUACACCUUCUGCAAGAAAGUGAGGCAGAAACCAUCACCCAUAGACAUCCUGCUCCUCAACCUGACCAUCUCCGACCUCCUCUUCCUCCUCUUCCUGCCCUUCAAGAUGCAUGAAGUGAUGAACAACUUCGUCUGGGAUUUGCCGUACAUCCUGUGUCCCCUCUCUGGUUUCAUCUUCUACAUGACCAUUUACAACAGCACCUUCUUCCUCACUGCUGUCAGCGUAGAGCGCUACCUGGGCGUGGCGUUUCCCAUCCAGCACUCCCUAAAGCGGCGGCCAGUUUACGCUACAGCUGCCAGCAUCUUUUUCUGGAUUUUCACAAUCCUCCACCUCAGCAUCGUGUUUAUCGUGCCCUAUAUCGGCCCUCAGAGUGACACCUCAACCCACAGUGCCAACAUCAGCUCUCCCCCUGCGGAAAACAAGGUGUGCUAUGAGAACUUCACAUCAGCUCAGCUGGCCAUCCUCCUGCCUGUGCGACUUGAGCUCUGCAUUGUUCUUUUCUGCAUCCCUUUCCUGAUCAGCAGCUACUGCUACAUCAACUUCAUCAGAAUCCUGUCCAAGCUGAAUCACAUUGACAGGCGCAGGCGACUGAGAGCCAUCGGCAUGGCUUUGGGAACGCUGCUGGUGUUCGCUUUAUGUUUCGGCCCCUACAACGUCUCACACAUUGUUGGAUUCAUAUACUGGGAUAGUCCAAAAUGGAGGGACCAGGCCCUUCUGUGCAGCACCUUUAACGCCUGUCUAGACCCUCUUAUUUUCUACCUCUCGUCCUCUGCUGUGAGGGGAAACGUGGGGAGUGUGAUGAAAGGGGUUAAGAGUCACCUUAACAGGUGCUUGUCCUGUCCCAUGCUGGGGGGCGUGUGUGGGGGGAUUAACAAGCCUGCAAAAGAUAAGAAACACAAACAAGAAGAGAUCAAUACUAUCUAAGCUGACUGAAAGGAAGCUGUGAGCAGCUGCUUGCAGUAAUUUGUUAUUUCUUUAUCCCUGGAAGCAGGAAAUUAAUGCUACGUGUUUGUUUGUACAUGUCAGAUAGUUACUUGGCAUGAUGUAUACAGUGCAGCUUGUCUGAUGAGCGUCCUAUUUGGAAACCAGAUAGGGGAUGUUCUCUCGAAGCAGGUCUCUGCGAUUUCUAAGGAGUGUUGUGAAAGAAGCCACAGACACUUUGAAGUGUCACGUAUUUAAAUGAAGAGUAUAUCUAACAUACUGCAACAUUCUCAGAUGUCAACUCUAAGCAACACAGAGACCGCAGCUUUAACAGGAAAUGUUUCUGUUCAUAUACUUAGCUCAUUAUGUGUCAGAUGUUGUGUGGAAGAAAAAAAGAUGCUGAAGUGUCCAAAGGAUGCAAAAAGUGUGUCAUGUGUGCUGGAACUGAACAGCUGUAAUGAAAACAAAUCCAGCUGGUAUGCAGUUUUCUGUAUUUCUGUAAUAUGUGUGCUUAAUUUUGCAUACAGAGCUGUGGCCUUUCUGGUGCAGAUCAUAAUUUAAACAGUAUUUAAAUAAUGUGAUUUGAUUAUUGUUGUGCAUAUAUCAUUGAAUACACAUAUGAAUAUGUAUACCAACAAGCAGUCAUAUGUAUGACUAUGUAGAGCUACGGCAUGGGGUUUUAAUUAUGUAAGGUACAAGUAUUUUCAUACAGAAACAUCAUAAAGAUUUAUUUUACAUAA